UGCGCUGGCGUUUCACCGCUGACGCUGAUCCUGCGGCGGCGCUGAGGACCGGGAACGGCCGGGGCUUCCUAGUGUGGUGUGAUCGCCACCUCCGGGUCCUUUCGCUGCCCGGACAGCGACUUCCGCGGCUCUCCUGGGAACUGAUGCCCGGGGGGUGACUGAACAGAGUCCGGGCUGGGAGCUCUGCUCGCAGUCUCUCAGGUACCCGGAUGUUGGCUUUGUAUCUGAAACUCCUGGAACUCCUGGAAAUUUUCUUUUAAGAUAUAACUUGGCUCAGAUCACACCACAUAUAUAUAGUAUACAGGUGUUUAGGCCAAGCCUAAGAAUUACUAGACUCCUUUGAUAAUAUAAAUUUGAACAAAGUAAGACUUCCAUCUAGGAAGAUGCAGCUCCUGAACAAGCUGAUGGCUAUCUCAAAACCUCAAGAUCUGACUCUGCAUGAACAAAGUGAGGUCCGGAGAGCAGAUGUGUCUUGGCAGCAGGAAACCACCCCAGUCAGGGAGACCUGUGACUCUGAGGCCUGUCGUCAAAAGUUCAGACAUUUCCAGUACUUGGAAGUGUCUGGGCCUCAUGAAGCCCUGAGCCAACUCUGGGAGCUUUGUCUUCAGUGGCUGAGACCAGAGGUUCAUACAAAGAAGCAGAUCCUAGAACUGUUGGUGCUGGAACAAUUCCUGACUAUUCUCCCUGAAGAGGUCAGGACUUGGGUGAAUUUACAACAUCCAAAGAACAGCAAAGAAGUGGUGACCCUCAUAGAGGAUGUGAUUGACAUGCUUCAAGGAGAUGUACCCUGCAAGGAUUCUGCCCUCCAGAAGGGGAGCAUCGUGAAGGAGAACAUGGAAGCUGACUCACUUACAGGAACAUCCCAGGAACCAGUGACAUUCAAAGACGUGGUUGUGGAGUUCAGCGUGGAAGAGUGGGGGCAAUUGGACCCUGCUGUAAAGAACCUGUACAGGGAUGUGAUGCUGGAGAACUAUAGGAGCCUCCACUCUCUGCGUAAAGAGCUGCUAUUUUCCAAACCAGUUGAGGUCCCCAAGUUGGAGAGUAAGAAAAAAGGAUGGAUAAUGGAGCGAGAAACCCCCAGAACAGCUGUGUUUGACAGACAGAUGAUUUCAAAGCAGAGAGCUUUUGGAGAAGAAUCAUCCCAUGGAGUGAUGAAGACAAGACUGACCCAAAGUGGACUUCCUUCUUUAGAUGCCUGGAAAAGUGAUGAGUGGUUAUGUAGGAACCGGAAGCACUGGGACAUAAAUUUGCCACAAGAAGCUUUCAUUCCUAAGACAGCCUAUACUGAGGAGGGAGACUUUCAAUGUAGUGAAAAUAAGAAAAAUUUUGAUGUUAAGUCAGUUAACUCAGUUUUUGAUGCACAACAGGGAGUUCCUAUGAGGAAGGGGUCCCCAAAGUGUAAUAAGCUUAAAACUAACUUAAAAUUUAAUUUUGACUUAGUAGGUAAGCAACAUUCAGAAUAUAAUGAAUGUGGGAAUGCCUUGAGCCUGAGUACAGAUAUUCACCCAAAAAGUCAAAACACAAUGAAUUGCUAUGAAUGUUUUCAGUGUGGGAGAACCUUUAGCCGGAGUUCAUCCCUCAUUCGACAUCAGACCAUUCACACAGGAGAGAAACCCUAUAAAUGCAGUGAGUGUGGGAGAUUCUUCAAUCGACGAACAAACCUUAUUAAGCAUAAAAAAAUUCAUUCUGUAGUAAAGGCCUUCGAAGGAAAUAAACGUGGAACAGCCUUCAGUAAGAGUGAAAACAGUAAUAAAAAUCCAAGUCUUCCUAGAGAUAAUGCCUAUGAAUGUGUUAACUGUGGAAAAUCCUUCAGCAGGAGCUCCUCACUUAUUCGACACCAAAUGAUUCAUACAGGAGACAGACCAUUUAAAUGUAACAAAUGUGAGAAAACCUUCAACAGGCACUCAAACCUUAUUAAACACCAAAAAUGUCAUACUCGAGAGAAGUCCAAUAACAAAUAAAUGUGGUAUUACCUUCAGGCAGAGUGCAGAACUCAUUCAACAUCCAUGAAUUUAUGCUGGAAGGAAUCCUAUGAAAAUAGUAAAUGGAAAAAGAAACUGUCAGAGAUUAUUAUUGAAUCGAUAAUGAUGGAGUUAAUAUUGGAGGGAAAUCUCUAAUUGUAUAGAAGUCUCAGGCUUCCCGAUGAAACCACA